AUUAGACUCGUAGACUUUCUAGGUUCAGCUGGUGAGUCCUCAGAACGUGAAAACCCUUUCAUCUCUGUUUAAUGGCCCAUUUCCCUUUUAACAAAUGUUACAGAAAUUCAAAUCCAAACUUUUAUCUUGAAAGUUCUAACGCUCUCAGUUUUGCACUCUGUGUUGGGCUUUUGGUUUACACACAUCUUUUUUUUGUUUGAACUUCGAAACUCAAGCUUAUUGACCUUAGAUACCGUUCAUCACUGUCUCUGCUAGUUAUAUUUUCUCUGCGCUUGCGAAUGAGGAAACUUUCCGGUGAUCAAGUCACAGAGAACGUUUCUAGAGGUGGUGAAAUGAGCAUGUCAGAAAAGAAAACUCUGAAUGGAAGUGAAGUGGUGAUAAAAAUCUCUGGCGAAGAGACUCCAAAAGCUAAGUUGGACAGCACAAAUGCGAAAGAGUAUUCUUCAGAAGCAACGACAGAACCGACUACUACUGGUACUGUGGCAAAAUCAGUGUCAGUAAGUUGCCCUUCCCCUGAGAUUUCAAGAUUUAGUCCAAGCCCAGAUAAGCCACCAAAAAUCCCAACCGCCAAUGAAGCAAUCCUCAGACAAAGAAGGUCUUUAAAACGGUCUGCGUACUCAAAACCCAAAUCAAGAUUUGGAGAACAACCAUAUAAGGUUGAUGCCAGUAUGUUGGAAGAGAAUGAUAAUUUAGCCUCUCAAGAACAAGUUGGUGUUAAUUCACCUUGUAGGAAUUAUCUUACUAGAGGAUCACCUAAUAAUAAGUAUAUUUCAAGUAUUGUGACAAAUCCUAUUACCCCAAGAACACCAGUACUGACAUCUCCAGGGGGAGCAUGGGAGGAUGAGAACGAGGAGAUUUACAAGAAAGUUGAAUUGAGUAAGCAAAAACGCAAGAAAGUUAAAACUAAAGUGUUGAUUGAGUGGGUUGCUUUUUUGUGCAUUGUGGUGUGUUUAGUUGCUAGCUUGACUGUGGACAAAUUGGAAAACUCUAUGAUUUGGGAGUUGGAGGUUUGGAAAUGGUGUGUGCUUGUGUUGGUCAUAUUUUCUGGCAUGUUGGUGACUAAUUGGAUUAUGCAUUUUGUUGUAUUCUUGAUUGAGAAGAACUUUUUGCUAAAGAAGAAGGUGCUUUAUUUUGUUCAUGGUUUGAAAAAGAGUGUUCAGGUUUUUAUAUGGCUAGCAUUGGUUCUUCUUACUUGGGUUUUGUUUAAGAGUGGGGUUAAGCGCACAAAGUUUGCUACAAAGGUUCUGGAUUAUAUAACCAUGACUCUUAUUACUAUUCUCAUUGGGGCAUUUCUGUGGCUGUUGAAAACUUUGUUGCUAAAAAUUUUAGCUUCCAAUUUCCAUGUCAAUAGAUUCUUUGAUAGAAUUCAAGAAUCAGUCUUCUAUCAGUAUGUACUUCAGACUCUUUCGGGUACUCCACUUAUCGAGGAGGCUCAGACGGUUGGGAAAUCAGCAAGCACUGGUCAACUGAGUUUCUGUAGUAAAAAGAAAUGUAAAGAAGCAAAGGACAAAAAGAUUAUUGAUAUGGGUAAGUUUCAUAAAAUAAAGCAAGAGAAGGUUACAGCUUGGACCAUGAAGGUAUUGGUUGAUGCAAUCAUGAAUUCAAGGCUUACCACAAUCUCCAAUACAUUAGAUGAAACUGUAGAGGACAUAGGAGGCGAACAAGCAGAUAAGGAAAUAACCAAUGAGAUGGAAGCGACAGCAGCUGCAUUCCAAAUAUUUAAGAAUGUUGCUCAGCCUGGUUCCAAGUACAUUGAUGAGCAAGACCUCUCAAGAUUUAUGAUUAGGGAGGAGGUGGAUCUCGUAUUCCCACUAAUUGAAGGAUCUGAGAAAGGCCAGAUUGAUAAGAAAGCUCUCACAGAUUGGGUGGUAAAGGUUUACAAUGGUCGAAAAGCACUAGCACAUGCCUUAAAUGACACUAAAACUGCUGUGAAGCAAUUGAACAAGCUUGUUAUAGGGAUCCUGGUUAUUUUGACUUUUAUCAUUUGGCUCCUCUUAACGGAAAUUGCCACAACGAAAGUGCUCGUCUUCUUCUCAUCACAACUUGUGGUAGCUGCGUUUAUGUUUGGGAACACUUGCAAGACUAUAUUUGAAGCUCUCAUAUUUGUAUUUGUGAUGCAUCCUUUUGAUGUUGGUGACCGUUGUGUUGUUGAUGGAGUCCAGUUGCUGGUUGAAGAAAUGAACAUCUUAACGACAGUGUUCUUGAAGCUUAACAAUGAAAAAAUUUACUAUCCAAAUUCAGUUUUGUCUACAAAGCCCAUCACUAAUUACUACAGAAGUCCGGAUAUGGGUGAUUCCGUUGAAUUUUCCAUCGAAUUUAUGACACCAGUGGAGAAGAUUGGGUUGCUGAAAGAAAAAAUAACGGAUUAUCUGGAGAAAAAUCCCCAUCAUUGGCAUCCUAACCACAGUAUAUUGGUGAAAGAAAUUGAAAAUGUCAAUAAUAUAAAGAUGGGUCUCUAUUGUACUCACACAAUGAACUUCCAGGACUUUGGAGAGAAGAACAAAAGAAGAAGUGAACUGGUCAUUGAACUAAAGAGAAUUUUUGAAGAACUAAACAUAAAGUACAAUCUACUUCCCCAACAAGUUCAUCUUUGCCAAAUUGGGAAAGAAUCAACUACUGCAACCAUUGGAUAAUUGUCUCCCAUAGCCCAACGUGUAUAGAUGGUGAGGGGAACAUGCUAGAUCAUAGCGAAUCUGUUGCGUAUUUUCUUCCCUACAUUUUCACAAUGGUGAGUGAGUUCUUCACGAUGAAGGUGCUAGAGCUGUGUGUUUCACCGUCACUGAAAAUUGAGGACCGAUAAGUUUCUACUGCUUAUGUGUAAUAGUUUGUGUUGGAUUUUGUUUUUGUCCUACAAUCUCGGCAUAAUUUAUCGAUAAUAAUGUUAUAAAUGGUUAGUGUUGUAGCAAUUAAGGAGGUUUCACCAAUAGUGACGCAUGAGGAAGUAGUGAAAUUCAUCAAGAUAUAAAUAACCUAAGAAAGCUAAACUGAAACCAUGAAAGGAGCCUUUGAAUUAAAGUGUUUGUCAUACAUA